AUGUCUCGACAUGCAAAUCAACUUUCCGGAAUGACUGCAGCCUGGCUGCUGCCUAUCGUUUCAACUAUUGUCGCCGCCGCCUCCGGUAGUAUCGUGGCUUCGGUACUAGAAAACGAACAACACGCUCUCUGGACUAUCCUCAUCAGCUAUAUACUCUGGGGGACUGGAGUUCCUUUAGCAAUGAUUGUACUCGUUAUGUACUUCCAUCGCUUGACGAUUCACAAAAUACCUCCCAAAGAAGUUAUAGUGUCUGUUUUUCUUCCGUUGGGACCAUUGGGUCAAGGUUCCUUUGGUAUCAUGCAACUUGGGAAAGAAGCCAUGAGGAUCUUCCCAGAAACGAACAGCUUGCCAGCGCAAAUUUCAGCAGGUCCUAUCCUCUACGUUUUCGGCUUCAUAGUUGGAACAAUCAUGUGGGGGUUUGGGCUUGUUUGGCUUUUCUUUGCGCUGGCGUCUAUCACUCGGUCGAAAUUCCCGUUUAACAUGGGCUGGUGGGGAUUUACUUUCCCACUUGGAGUGUUUACAGUCGCAACAACUACCAUUGCAAAGGAGCUGCCAUCAUUAUUCUUCAAAGUUUUGGGCACGGUUAGUUUUCAGAUUAGACUUGAACUGCUUGAAGUCGUCCUGCUUUGGAUCAUUGUCAGUAUAGGAACACUCAUUCAGACUUGGCAAAGAAAAAUAUUUUUCGCCCCUUGUCUCAAAGACUGGGAGAAAGCGGAGGCUGAACGUCAUGGGAGGAAUUUGCAGAUAUCGAGGGAUGAAUAG